CAUCGUGUGAACCUCCUUGAACACUUGUCUUAGCAAGAAACAGCAAGUGUUGAUCCACGCUCUUCUGUCCGCUGCUUGAGUCCUCUGAACGUCUGUAGAGAAUUUUUCGGUCCAUGUGGCUGUCAUCCUGAUGUCGCAGACGGGCGAACGGGCUCUAGGAGGGUAUGUGGUUUCGCCUGGCUCAAGGGCUGUAGUUCCUCUUCCAGAAGAAGUAGGCACGAAAAUAUAGUCCCACUCAUCCACACGUCAAAUUGGAAUUGUCUUCACCACCACACGUUCAUCCAACAUCUGCCCACAGACCCUCUUCUACUGCCCGUGAAAAAGUCUUUCCCUCGCCUCGCAGAACAGUCAACUGGGUAUCAGGACCGACCUUCUCGACUGGCAAAGUUUGAGUGUACACACGAACAACAUCCUUUACCAGAACCCUCGCUCCCAUCCUCAUCCUCGCUCUCGCUCCCAUCCCCGCCGUCGCAACCCGUUCUCAUCCUCGCCGUCGCAACCCGUUCUCAUCCUCGCCGUCGCAACCACCAUCACCUCAUCCUCGCCCUCUCCUCGCUCCCACGAGAUCCUCACCCCACUCUCAAGAAACACGGAACGACCAAGCAAGCAUGGCAGCUCCACCCACCAACAAAAUCUUCGCCUUCUUCCCUGCCGACCACUGGCCAGACGACCCAAUCCAUGCAUGGCUGGCCGAACUUCCUCGAUUCCCGUCCGAACAGCCACGACAAUGCUACGUGGAGAACACGAUGCUUGGAUUGACGGGGCUCAAUGGCAUGAGGAGAAGAGCUUGGAAGAUUUUCGAGGAGUACAACGAGGCCCAGGGGGGAUCCGCUGACCUAGAGAGGCAGGGUGAUUCGUGGUUGUGGUGGGAUGAGCUGUAUCAGCGGCUUCGGAGAGGAGCGACGGGGCCGUGGAAUUUGAGUAGGAGAGACCCGGGGGAGAAGAAGAGCAGGGACAAUGGAGAGGAGCUGGAUUGAGCAUGAGAAGAAGGAGAGCGGCGGCCGGACGUUGCGCGGCCACCAGAGAAGGUAGACGACAGGGAGCUUGCUUCAUUCAAGCGCCAGUGACCAUGCCGUUUGGUCUUCAUCAGCAGCACGUUCGGCUCUGAGAUUCGCAUUGGAGUUCCUGGAGAGGGUAAAGCGGCUUGAUCUGCAAGACAAGGGCGGAGUGUCGUUCAGAAUCGAUGCUGAGUCUCUGAGCGAUG